ACAGCCAUCUCCUGCCUCGGCACCCCCUGCACAGGGCUGCUGGAAGCCUCAGGGCUGCAUCCAGCACUGGUCCCAGCUGUGCUGACACCCAGUGAGGAGCUGUUGGUGCCACCAUGUCCCAGGCAGAAGAAGGCAAAGAGCCCUUUGAAUGCUGCCAUGUGGUCAUCAACAGCCAGGAGAAGGUCUCAGAUGUGUACACACAGCUGGAGAAACUGGGAGAGGGAAAAUUUGGGAAGGUGUACAGGCUGCAGGAAAAAGCCACUGGCAAAAUCCGGGCUGGGAAAUACUUCCGGACACGGACGGCCAAGGAGCAGGAGGCAGCUCAGGCUGAGGUGGAGCUCAUGAACCUCCUGCACCACCCCCGCCUUGUGCAGUGCCUCGCCGCCUUCCAGGGCCCUGCUGAGCUGGUGAUGGUGAUGGAGUACGUGGCAGGUGGGGAGCUCUUUGAGCGCAUUGUGGACGAUGACUUUGAGCACACAGAGCCCAGCAGUGCCCAGUACAUGAGGCAGAUCCUGGAGGGGCUGCAGUUCAUGCAUGGCCAGGCCAUUGUCCACCUCGACCUCAAACCCGAGAACAUUGUCUGCGUCAGCCUCGGCAGCCACUGGCUCAAGAUCGUCGACUUCGGCUUGGCACGGAAGCUGGCUCCAGACACCCCUGUGAAGGUGCUGCAUGGCACCCCUGAGUUCAUGGCUCCAGAAGUGGUGGCCUUUGAGCCUGUGGACUUCUCCACGGACAUGUGGAGCGUUGGUGUCAUCUGCUACAUCCUGCUGAGUGGGGAGUCCCCAUUUCAGGGGGACAACGACAUGGAGACCCUGAGCAACAUCACAGCUGCCCAGUGGGAUUUCGAGGAGGAGACCUUCUCAGAGAUCUCCCAGCAAGCCAAGGACUUCAUCAGCCAACUGCUGCAGAAGGACCCCCGCCGCCGCCUCUCCAGCAGGGGAGCUCUGCUGCACCCCUGGCUGCAGCACCCCCAGCCCAGCAGCACCAAGCUGCUGUCCAAGGAGAGGAUGAAGCAGUUCCUGACGCGUCGCAAGUGGCAGAAAACAGGCAAAGCUCUGCUAGCCCUCAACAGGUUGACUCUGCUGUCCCAGAACCCAGAGAGGAAAGUGUCAGAGGCUCAGGAUGAGGAAGACCUGAGCUGCAUCCCAGAGGAGGACCAAGCCCCUGGGUGUUUGCCCAGAAGAGGUCCCAGCUUCUCAGAGCUGCUGACAGACCCAGAGAAGGAGGAGGAGGAAGGUGGGAGCACUGAAGCUGCAGGAGUGGCAGAGAGUGGUGUGGCUGUGCCACCUUAGUCCUGGACCACCAAAGGUGGCUGGUGA